AUGGCAGGCCAGGCAAUACCCCUCGACGGCGAGGUUUUCUCUCGGCCGCUACCGCCCACAGACGAGGAGGCCAAUGCGACGGGGAGCUACAAGCCAGAUGCGGACCACGAGGACGCGCCCUUCCUCCCGCCCGACGCGGACCCGCUCGUCGACGCAAAGGGGCCGUGGACGCCGCCGCGGGGCUUCCUCUGGAUCGAGGCCGCCAUCAUGGCAAACGUGUUCCUGUUCGGCUUGGACGGCACCAUCAUGGCGUCGACCUACGCCGUCAUCAGCUCCGAGUUCGACGCCGCCAACACGGCCUCGUGGCUGACCACGUCGUACCUCGUCACCAGCACCGCCUUCCAGCCGCUGUACGGUCGCUUCUCGGACGUUUUUGGAAGGCGGCCCUGCUUCCUUGUCAGCAGCGCCACCUUUGCGCUCGGCUGCUUGGGCUGCGGGCUGGCCACCGACGUUGUUUUCCUCAAUGCCAUGCGCGCUCUGACUGGCUUUGGGGGCGGUGGGUUGCUGACGCUGGCAACAAUCAUCAACUCGGACAUGAUACCCUUCCAACGGCGAGGCAUGUACCAAGCCAUGCAAAACGGCUUUGUGGGAUUCGGUGCCGUAGCCGGGGCGUCGCUGGGAGGCGCCGUCGCCGACCUAAUCGGGUGGCGCUGGUGCUUCCUGUCGCAGGUGCCCAUCUCCGUUGCUGCCCUGGUGCUCGGCUGGUUUGUGGUGCGGGACCCAGAGUCCAGCGUCUCUUCUGGACAGGGCGUCAGCCGCCUCCGCACGAUAUGGUCCAAGGUUGACAUCUCGGGUGCUCUAGUCCUGGUCGUCGCCAUCUCCAUGCAGCUGGUCGCCCUGAGUCUUGGCGGCAACGAGCUGCCUUGGGGUAGUCCCUGGGUUGUCGCGUCUCUGAUUGGAAGCUCGCUCCUCUUUGCCUUGUUCAUCUCAAUUCAACACCGUACCACUGCCAUUCCCGUCAUCCCUCUGCGCCUUUUGCAUGGCUUCCUUCCGACAGUCACUCAACUGGCCAACGUUAGCCUCGGGCUUUCGGCCUAUGCAUACAUCUUCAUGCUUCCACUCUUCUUCCAGGUCGUGCUGGGGGACUCGGCUACCAAGGCCGGUGCACGCCUCAUCAUCCCCUCGCUGGCGCUGCCUUUGGGCGGACUUGUUACUGGGAUAGUAAUGUCUCGUUGGGGAAGCCUUAUUGGAUUGAUGCGGGCAGGAGCCAUCGUAAUGCUGAUUGGCAACGCCUUGACCACAUCUCUCCAGUUUGUUGAUCAAGACUGGAAGUACUUUGUCUACAUCUUCCCCGCCAACCUCGGCCAGGGCAUGGUGAUGCCUGCCAUGCUUUUCACUGGGUUGGCGACAUUCGAACAUGCAGAUCACGCCGUUUCUGCAUCCGUAACCUACCUCAUCCGCUCCCUGGGGGCGGUUUGGGGAGUCGCACUUACAUCGGCCAUCUUGCAAACGACGCUGAGCACACGGCUCCCUGAUGCUUUAGGAGGUGUUGAGAACAAGGAAGAAAUGAUUGACGCUAUCCGCCACUCAAUCACUGCACUCAAGGCACUCCCCGACGGCGUCCAAAGUCAAGCGCGAAUGGUGUACUACGAGGGCAUACACAACGCCUUUGCCGCGUCGACGGCGUUUGCUGGCUUUGCCGUGGUGAUGGCAUUCCUGGCGAACCCCCGAGGCCUGCGAAGAAGCCUCAAAUGAACCGGGGAUGGGACGAACAUCGGAGAUCGGACAUCGGCCAUGGGAG